UUGCAAUUAUUGAUAGACUGUGAGUUUAGUUCCGGUUUAUUGUGUAUUAAACAAAAUACCCCCUUUUAAGUGUUUAAUAUUCUAUAGUUUAGAUUUGGGGGUAAAUUACCCCCUUAUAAAUUUAACAUAUGCGCAUUGCUUACCGUCAUCAAAUACAAACGAGAAAAAAUUCGUAUAAAUUUGUUUGUUCUUUUUUUAAGUUUGCCUAAUAAAAUAUUUUCAAGCUUUUUAUAAUUCAUGAAAAAUACAAUAUUUAAAUAAUCAUUAAACAGUAUUAAAGAAACAAAGAAAAAAGCCAACCAACUAACAAUAAACAAAAGUUACAACAAAUGAGAUUUAUGUAAACGAACAGAUUUUAAAAGCUAUGCACUCUGUUUUCGGUUGUUCUGAUGUCAAUGAACGUCUAUUGGCUGCUGUUCACAAUGGCAAUUAUGAGGACACUUUAUCCUGUCUUAUGCAAGGUGCCAAAGCUACAUCUGUAUCUUACUCCUGUGGUCGUACAGCAGUCGGCUUAGCUACCCUAAUGGGAGAUCCAGAAAUAUUGCAGUUGCUCAUACAAUCCUGUGAAGAACCGGAUUUAGAAAUAUUUCGUCAAGAUGCUUCCACCACCAAUAAUGAAACAGAGGUUGAUACCACACCUGAUGGUAUGGAUUGUUUAGAAUGGGAGGACGAAUUUACCGCUGAUGCAGAUCAAAUGAAUAAUUCGAAUGGCACAGACGAAACCAUUGAAGAAUUUACAUCUCUCUACUAUUAUUAUGCGAAAACAUUUGAGCGUACCGGUGAUAUUGUCAGUAAUUUAGAAAAUUAUUGUUAUGAGCAUAAUAAUUGUAAUAAAAUAUUACAUCAAGAUGCCCACACCGUCGAUCACAUGACAAUGGCACCUUUACAUUAUGCCGCAUUUACGGGAGAUGUGGGAUGUGCUCGCAUUCUAUUGGAACAUGGUGCUAAAGUGAAUGUAACGACGGCUGUUGGUUAUACACCAUUGCAUGUGGGUGCCAAUAAUUGUGAUAUUACCUUGUUGCUGCUAAAGUAUGGAGCCAAUCCAAAUGCCAAAACAUUUAAUACGGGUGAAACGCCUUUCAAUGCAGCUCUUAAAAAUCGCAAUGCAGCUGUCAGCCAAAUACUGCUGCAAACGAACAAAGUAAAUAUAAACGAGAUUGAUGAAGAUGAUAAAACCCCACUGAUGUAUGCCAUAGCUUAUGAUCAGAUUGAUGCAGCUCUUGAUUUAAUAUGCCGGGGGGCCAAGAUCAAUCUGCAAGAUAAAGAUGGUAAAACGGCGCUAUUUUAUGCGGUCGAAAAGAAUAAUAUAAUUUUGGCUUCCCGCCUUUUAGAACGUGGCGCUAGACAUAUCACUUCCCAUUAUUUGUUGCAUCAAUGUGUGGCGUAUAACAUGAGCGACAUGUUGAAACUAUUGUUGUGCUAUGAUGAUCACAGGAAUAGUCUUAAAGUGCGUAAUUCUGAAGGUUAUACACCCAUACAAAUAGCCAUUAUCAAUAAGAAAACAGACAUGUUGGAAUACAUGUUAAAAUUGGACGCAUCGUCCUUGCAAUUAGAAAUGGAUAAUGAUCUCCUGUUGGCCGUGCAAUAUAUAGAUAAUUUAGCGGAAAUUAAGCUGAUAUUACGAAUAUUAUUUGCUUAUGGAAAUUGUUCAGUUUGGAAUAAGAAGUCGACAUGUUUUAUGUCGACCUCCAGUUUAGGCUGUUAUACGCCAAAUUGUCACACCCCCCUAUCGAGAGCAAUUAUGUUGAAUAAACUAGAUAUUGCGGAGUUUUUAAUUAAGGAGGGCAUCGAUUUGCAGCAACAGAUUUGUCAGGAUCAUGUGGUCAAUCACUUAAGGACUUUGAAAGCAAAAGGAUAUAAAGAAUUUACAAAAUUAUUAGUUUUAAAUGGUUUUAAAUUUCCCCUACAUAAAUAUACCUCUAGUAUAUCGAAUAAAUUGUCAAUGGAAAGACAAGAUUUUGAAGACUACAUACAGCAAUUAACAAAUCAACCCUUGGAACUGAAGUCAUUGACACGUAUUCAAAUACGUAAGCAUUUAAUACAAACAUUUUGCAAUUCCACCGUAGAAUUAAAACAAAACUAUCGGGCAACGAAUGAAAAAUCAACAUUACAACAAAUGAUAGAACAAUUAGAAAUACCAAAAAUAUUGCAACAAUAUUUAAUAGACUUUUAUGAUUGUGAAACUGUGAUGCCGUUCUAUGCAAAAAACGGAAAAUGUAACUAAAAAACUACUCACACACA